UGCCGAGGCUAUAUAUAUGGGCGUCAGGGAGGGGAGGGUUCUCUUUCGGCUCCGCGCCGCCCGGGCCUCCACACGGCGUUGUCAGCGUUCCCUGUCGUUGCUUCCCAAGGGAAACCCCACAAUGUCCGGAGGCCUCGAUGUCCUGCAGAUGAAGGAGGAGGAUGUCCUCAAAUUCCUCGCUGCCGGGACCCACCUGGGAGGUACCAACCUGGACUUCCAGAUGGAGCAGUACAUCUACAAAAGGAAGAGUGAUGGUAUUUACAUCAUCAAUCUGAAGAGGACCUGGGAAAAGCUGCUCCUGGCAGCUCGUGCCAUUGUUGCCAUUGAGAACCCAGCUGAUGUGAGCGUCAUUUCUUCUAGGAACACUGGACAGCGUGCGGUUCUGAAGUUCGCUGCUGCCACUGGAGCUACUCCUAUUGCUGGGCGUUUCACCCCUGGCACCUUCACAAACCAGAUCCAAGCAGCUUUCCGGGAGCCGCGGCUCCUGGUGGUUACAGACCCGCGGGCUGAUCACCAGCCGCUGACUGAGGCAUCCUACGUCAACAUCCCCACCAUCGCCCUGUGCAACACCGACUCCCCGCUGCGCUACGUGGAUAUUGCUAUUCCCUGCAAUAACAAGGGAGCCCACUCGGUGGGCCUGAUGUGGUGGAUGCUGGCUCGGGAGGUCCUGCGCAUGCGUGGCACCAUCUCCCGUGAGCACCCGUGGGAAGUCAUGCCUGACUUGUACUUCUACAGGGAUCCUGAGGAGAUUGAAAAGGAGGAGCAGGCGGCUGCUGAGAAAGCAGUCACAAAGGAGGAAUUCCAGACUGAAUGGACAGCCCCAGCACCUGAAUUCACUGCUCCUCCUCAGCCUGAGGUUGCAGAUUGGUCUGAGGGAGUGCAGGUCCCAUCUGUGCCCAUCCAGCAGUUCCCCACAGAGGACUGGAGUGCCCAGCCUGCCACUGAGGACUGGUCAGCAGCUCCCACUGCCCAGGCUACUGAGUGGGUUGGCACUGCCACGGAAUGGUCUUAACUUCAGCCCUGCUGUACUGUGAGAGAAAUAAAGGCUGGUUUAGUAUGCUC